GUCCUGCCAGCCUUCUUCCACUACACCAUGGACUUGAUUCCACAUGCGCUCUCUGGGCUUGACUUGAUCGGAGCUGUUUGCCUUGGGAAGUUUGUAGAGCAGAGAGAACAGGGAGUGGAUCAGGGAGGAAGAGGAGGAGGGGGGAAGUUGGAUGCGCCGUGAGCCGUCGUCUGCAGCAGAGCAAAGAGUUCUGCACGCCAAACGUGUGACAGGAACAUGUUCUGCGAGGGCUUUGGUUGUGGUUGACCAAACAAGGGACGGAGACGUUCUAACGUGGGGACAUCAGUCGGCAGCACAGAUGCAGAGCUGUAAAGUAAGGGAUUUGAAGAUGUGGGCAUUGAUGGGAGCGAUCUAUCUGUGUCACUGCGUCACUGGGCAGCUGCUCGAGGCCAAGCUUAAAGGAGCGCCUCGAUUGGUCUGCAGUGUCCCCGGGCCACAGGGCCCGCCCGGCAAACCAGGUCCCGGCGGGCCCCCGGGAGUAGAUGGGAACGUCGGCAUUCCAGGAAGAGACGGCAGAGAUGGCAGAAAGGGGGAAAAGGGAGAAAAGGGAGAUACAGGGGUAAAGGGCAGAGUUGGACCAACAGGUAAAAUUGGAGAGCGAGGUGAACGUGGCCCUGCUGGCAAACGAGGCCCCGCAGGAGACAACGGAGGUGAGGGGCCCCCUGGGCCUCCAGGCCGCGAUGGAGAUAAGGGGGACAAGGGUGGACGAGGACCCCGUGGGACUGCGGGAAUCUGCAAAUGCGGCAGCCUGGUGCCCAAGUCCGCCUUCUCGGUGGGAAUCACCAGCAGCUACCCUACAGAGAAGACCCCCAUCAAGUUCAACAAGGUCCUCUUUAACGAAGGGGGACACUACAACCCGCAGACGGGCAAAUUCAUCUGCGCAUACCCGGGCGUUUAUUAUUUCUCCUAUGACAUCACACUGGCCAACAAACACCUGGCUAUUAGUCUGGUGCAGAACGGCCAGUACCGCAUCAAAACCUUUGAUGCCAACACAGGAAACCACGACGUGGCGUCGGGCUCCACUGUCAUGUUCCUGAACCCUGAGGAUGAGGUGUGGAUGGAGAUCUUCUACAGCGAUCAGAACGGCUUAUUCACAGACCCCAGCUGGGCCGACAGCCUCUUCUCUGGAUUCCUGCUCUAUGCAGACACAAACUACUUUGACACACUGGCAGCCGACUACGCAUAGAGCCUGAAGAACAGAGCAGGACCCCAGACUGUUUGUUACUGGUGUUUUCACUCAGUCAGAAAAGCUUUUAUAUGAACACACUACUUUUUUGUUCACAUGUUUGUACUGCUAGAGGUAUAGAAAAUAUUCAUGUAUUUGAUGAAGUGAUUUAUUUGUUCCUGGUGAAAAAAAAAUAUUUGGAUAGAUAAUUUGUUCAGGAAAAGAAAGCAUUCUAAAUUGAAAUGUGUGUCAAACCCUUUGGCAAGAAAGAAACAAUAAAAUUGGACAGAUAUUA